AUGACGUCUGACGUACAGACGCAGACGUACACUAUUUUCGAUAGCAAAAAUUGUAGUAUUCUUAAAGCAUUAAAAAAUUAAUUGCUACACAUAUGUGCAAAACGUACUAGGCAUUGGCCACAAAUCGAGAUUGCAAACGCACGUCCGCCAUCUGUUUACGAAUACACAUUUUUGUCCUAUACUUAAUUAAAUUUUAGGGCCAAUAUUGAAAUUUGUGCACAGAACGACAAGUGCAAGUGAAGAGAAGAAAAUGAGCACGUCAAAUGCAAGCCGUAAGGAGACGGAACGCACCAAGCUGAUGCAGGAUAAAUGUCAAACGCUGUUGACGCAAAUGCUCCGUGAUGACGAUAAUAAAUAUUGUGUCGACUGUGAUGCCAAGGGUCCACGCUGGGCAUCAUGGAAUCUGGGCGUAUUCCUAUGCAUCCGCUGUGCGGGAAUCCAUCGCAAUUUGGGUGUGCAUAUCUCACGCGUAAAGAGUGUUAAUCUGGAUGCCUGGACACCCGAGCAGGUGAUCUCGCUACAACAAAUGGGAAAUUCGAGAGCUCGCGCCGUUUACGAAGCCCAGUUGCCAGAUGGAUUUAGACGCCCCCAAACAGACACGGCUCUGGAGAACUUUAUACGCGCCAAGUACGAGCAUAAAAAGUAUUUGGCACGCGAAUGGGUGCCGCCUUCGCCACCCAAGGUAGACUGGGCCAAGGAGAUUGAUGAGGAAUUGGAGCGACAGAAGCGCAAAAAGAAGGCGGCUCAACCCAGUUUGGGUAUCAGCAACAUAAGCGGUUCCAGCGGGGUCGGCAGCACUACUGACAAGCGUCCGACGACGACAGCGGUAAAAAGUACGCCACUUCCAGCGCCGCUGCCCAAGCCGAAACCCAAUCAGGUGGGUGGUUGCAGUCCAAAGACAUCGCAUCGUGUGCAGUCGAAUAAUAGCAGCAGCAUCAGUGGCGGUGAAAGUGAUCUCUUGGGCCUGUCGUCGCCCACAAAGCCCAUAACUGCCCAUAACAGCAGCAGCCAGGAUCUUCAGAAUGAUAGCUUUAGCAGCUUCCUGAGCGCCACUUGCAAUGUGAGUGCCAUUACCACGCCCGAGAAGACCAAUGGCAAUGGCAAUGGAAACAAUGCGGAUGCUGCCUCACUCGCCAUGUCCAGUCAGCCAAACUCAUUAGCCCAGCAGGAGCAGGACUUCUUCAGCCAAGGUACACUAGGGGCAGGCGGUGGCAGUAGUGAGAAGGAUGCAUCCGGAAAACUGUCCAAAGAUAGCAUAUUGGCAUUAUAUGGCAAUGCACCCACCACACACAAUCCACAAUUGAACUUUGGCAAUUUCACGGGCAUGGCACCCGGCGGGUAUAUGCACCAUCAGCAACAGCAGGUAACACAGCAGACGCAUCAUCAUCAUCAGUUCAUGACACCACCCAACUCGGUGAGCAUGUACAAUGCACCUGUUAUGGCUGCGCCGAAUGCAUUUAGCAAUGCUCCAACUGGCGGCGCUAUGAAUUUGGUGGGCGUGGGCAACGUCAGCUUUGGCGGCGCUCAGUUUCCAAGUGCUGGCGGUGGCGGCGCCGGUGGUAGUCCGUAUAUGGCAACCAAUAGCAUGGGCGGUGCACAAGGAUCGCCAGCUAAUUUGAUGCAGACCAACCAAAGUCUGCUGAGUGGCAUGCAGCUCUUCAGUGGCUCAGCAGCUCAACAGUCGGCACCACAACAGCAACAACUUGGACUCGGCAUGAAUGUGAUGCAACCGAUGUCAAGUGGCUUGCCUUCAACUGGAGGAUAUGCAUCCUCAACUGGCACAAAUGCUUCGUCGUUGACAUCCAAUUUAAAUCAGCAAUUCGGAAAUUUAAAUAUCGGCAAUGUUUGGCAAUAAAUCAAGACUAUUCUGUGCAUUCCCUUAUAUAGUACAUGUAUAUAUAAGGCCGGUCCACAUGCUGAGCGGAGCUGCGCUGAGAUAAGUUAUAUAUUUGUUUAUCGUAUAUAUAUAUAUUUAUAUAUAUAUAACUUUUUGUA